GCUAAUUCCCCUCGUUCCUCUCUCUCAUUCUCAUGGCCAAUGUUCUCGAUUUCCAGCCUCGACCCGUAAACCAUGCACCCUCUCAGUUCGGUUUUGGCUUUGGCCUAGGAGGACCCGUUGUCGCCCCCUCAGCAUGGCCAUCCGCUAUCACUCCCGCCUCUCCCUUUCAUCAGCUCUCCUCUACCUCGUACAAUCAGCCUUCACCAUCCCGAGUGCAGAAGAGGCGUCAUGAAGAAGACGAGCCAGUCACUCGUGAUCACUCAAUGGACAGAAGCCCGACGCCCGAGCGUCCCAAACGUUCUGUUCCAAAGCGGGCCCGGGUGGCAGAUCCUGCGGCGAAAGACGACAAAGAUGCAAAAGAGAACCGAUCUCCGAACGAAUCUCGUAGGGAAGACGAUAUUGAUGUUGGUGUACUUUUGGCCAGCCUCCCCUCACAAUCGCUUCUACCGCUCCUCACCUCUCUCAUUGCCUCUGAACCGGCACUCAAGCCACGCAUUCUCUCGUUGAUACCAAGACCAACUUUGGAGACAGCGACACAAGUGCUUGCGACCUCGUCCCGGAAGCUCCGAGACGCCUAUCCUUAUUCAAUGAACGUCUCUCCAACGCAACCGCUGGUUUCGACAGGAUUCGGUUUCGGAAAUGCACGGUCGACUUUGAGCCCGUUCGGACGUUCGCCUCCUCCUCAAUCUCCAUCUUCCUCCGCAUUCCCAGCAAACAACGGGAUGCGGGACUCUUACGUUACAUCCAGAAUGCGACCGCAUAUUGAAGAUUUCGUGGCUGCCGCGAUGUCGUAUCUGCCCUACUUCUCAUGCGUGUCACAGACAACAGAGGCCGCGUCAUCUCAACCCACGUUACAAUCUAUUGUGAAAGAGCACGUGCAUCCAUCCGAAACCUACUCGUUUCUGUCAGCGCUGACAGAGCACCUGCUGUCGCAACCGCAACUCACACAAUCAUCUCUCCAACCUCUACUUCUACCUCGUCUCACCGACGAAUGGAAGGCUUGGAUAGACAAAUUGGACAUGACGGUUAAUCAGCAAGGAGGGAUGUUCGCGGGUGAUGUGGUCAGAACCUGGGAACGGGGCCUGGAUUCUUUCGCGCAAGCUGAAGGAGAUGGAGGCUCGAUGAUGCGAUCUGUGCGAGAUCUCUGGAUAGCGCGUGUCGGCUGGCUAGUUGGCCGACAAGCCAAUACAGUUUGGCGCACCUUCGAGUUGGACGGACCCAAGGUUCCCGACACCGCUCCCUCACAUGUAUGCAAGGAUGGGUCUCUCUACGUUUUCGUGCCGCUGCUCGGCCUUCCUUCCAGAGGCCCAAAGCGGUGCGCGUCAACGCCUCCAUCCUCUGCCUCCGUUCUAACGGAUGCCAGUCCCAAUUCUCAGCGUCGAAUGAACCGACAGGCGAAAUUUGGGGUGCACACGCUGGCACCGGUGGAAAUGGAACCCAGAUUAGCUCCGACCUUCUCCAAAACAGCGCCGUCUACUAUCGAGCGCGCCACUAGUCGAAACACACUGUACAAAAACCUGCUGGUUCUCUCCGCCUCACCUCACUCUGCGACAUUGCCGGCUCUGGUGGACUAUCACGAGCUGCAUCCCGGACUUCGAAGUACGAGGACAUACAACUUUCUCAUCGCGCUCGCCAUCCGACAGUCGGCCUUUGGCACCGUGCAAAUGCUGUUCAGUUACAUGGCCACCGACGGACUGAAGCCGAACGCCGAAACCGCCAAGCUCGAGACGCGGUGGUUCGUGCGGAGUGGGUUCUGGGACCAGGCUUUGGUCAGCGUGAAAAGUCGACACCCGGUUGAGAUUCCCUUGCCCCUGUGGCUUGAGCUUUUCCACGGGGUGAAAUCGGGUGUGCUACCGAGACGCCGACCAGUUUCCACCAUCAAAACCCCCGAAGGCCGGUUUCAGGAGCUGAUGCAGAAUCUGCCUACCUUCCAUUCGAACCAAGUUGGACAGUCUGCACGACAAGUGUCUAUCCUGGUGCGGACGAUGCUGUCGCUGAAGCUAUCGCACUCUGCGCUGACGCUCGCGACACAUUACCUGCACGGGCUGCCGCGACACGUCGACGCGCGGUGGGCGGAGCGGUGCACGGAUAUCAUUGAUGCGCUGGUUGCGUAUGAAGCGAAUAAGCGGGGGCUGCUUGAUUUCUAUGCUACACGGCGCAAGUUGGCAGUGCUGCUCGCCAUCCAUCCAGGGUUGCGCCCCUCUUCGAAAACCCUAUAUCUGCUCUUGGGCACUCUUCGGCAGGCGAAAAGAUGUGGCACCCUGUCUUGGCGCGUGUUGGUCAAGUUCAGGUCUCGAUGGGGCCCUCAGGUGGAAGAUCGACGCGUCCGGAGGCGGGUUGCGAGUCUUGCUCUCAUCGAGCGGCGGCUGGAUGUAUUCGAUACGAUUUUCGCAGCAGAGGCACAAUCUCGGGUGCAAGCCCAUGCGGCCUCUGCCCCGGGCCCAAAUCUGCGCAGGGCGCCGUUUCGAGAAAUAUUUCCGGGACAUGGAAUGGAGCAAAGGUUAUGGAGGAAGCUGGCGAUCCGGGCCCAGAAGAUUAGAUCACCCAUAUCAUCAGAGAUGCCGCGUGGACCAUAA